GAAGCCUGGCAGCGGGGCGCGUGAGUCAGCCGCCAGAUCAGAGGGCACUUAGCAAGCGGGACUCGCCGACGCACCUGCUCAGGAAUGCCUCCCCGAGCUCGUCGGCAAAGCAGGUGGACCGUGACGGGGCGUGAGUAAGAGCCGCGCUAUUUAGAGCACGCGCAGGCGGCCCGACGGCCAGCAGCGAGGACGAGCGGCUCGGGCCCGGAGUGGCCGCGCUCCUCAAGUCCCUGCAGAGCGUUCCCGGGGAGGCUCUCCGCCAGGCAAGCGACGGGGCUGCUGCAGACCCGAGACCCCCAUGUCAGAGCAUCAGUGGUGACCAGGAAGCCGGUCUUGCGACCCCUUGAAAGCUCGGAACAGCUCCUCCAGCCGGCCCCAGCACUACCCGCCCCAGCCAUGGGUCUACGAGAGUCCCCCUACAGCAGCCUCUUCCUGGGGGGCUUGGAUGCCCUGGCCAGGGACGUCCUGUACCCCAGCUAUUGGCUGCUGAACCAGCUGCUGGCCUUGAAGCAGACCACCGCAGAGCAACAGGCGCACCGGAGCCAGCGAUGGCAGCUGCCCCACGCCCUGCACGUCCUGGCCCUGGGGCCCCUCCUGCUGCUCCUUUUGGUCCUCUACAUGCCCCUCUCUCUGCUGGGCUUCCUCCUGUGGCUGCCCCUCCAGGCCACACGCCGCCCGUUCGCCUACCUGCACACGCCCAGCCAGGCCUCGCCGGAGGAGUGGCUGCUUCCUGGUAAGGGCAAAGCCUUCCAGUUCAUCAGCUCCAAUGUUUGCCUCCUGCCUGAAGGUCUGGCCAAAUUCAGCAACCUGGCACAGACGCAGAAGCGGGCUGUUCACAUUGCCCAAGCACUCAUUGGGGCCGCAGGCCUCACCGCUCCAGCCCACAAUGUGAGCACUAGAGGCAGCAUCCAGAAUGGCUCCAGGAGGCAGACGUACGGGGCCACCGAAGCCAGCCCCCCACGGGCAUGUCAGCGCUCUCCCAGGGGUGACACUGAUGGGACCGCCGAGGUGCCCCUUCUGGACACAAAGGCUGCGUUGCCUCGGGAGGUCACCGCCUCUUUCCCCCCGGACCUGGACUUCCUGUGCAUGCAAGAGGUGUUCGAUCGGCACGCAGCAGCACACCUUCUCCAGAUCCUGGCCCCCUGCUACGAGCACAUCGUUUAUGACGUGGGCACCUACGGGCUGCUGGGCUGCUCUGCCCUGAAGCUCCUGAACAGCGGGCUCUUCCUGGCCAGCCGCUACCCCCUGCUGGCGGUGCAGUACCACUGCUAUCCCAACGGCCGUGGGGAGGAUGCCUUCGCCGCCAAGGGACUGCUCUGUGUGCAGGUGAGAGGCGGGUUUGGGGGUCAGGGACGGGCACGGGUGCUCAGAGCCGGAGCCUUGUCCCAGCAAGGUCAGUUGGGGCUCCUCAGGCUGUCAGGGGUCAGGCCGGGGGACCUUGCGCGUGCCAAGCAGAGGCUCUGCCACCGAGCCUUGGCGGCUACUCGCACGCUUUCUCUUAGGAGUCCUCCCAGUGCCAGGGACUCUGGCAUCGGUGGGACUGGCCUGCCAGAGCAGAGCAACAGGGAAUGCUUCCGGGAGCGCUGGUUCUCUGGGACAUGGGUGGCGGGUGGCUGUGCGUGUUCUCUUCUUCCUGAACAGCCACGUUUGGAAGUCAGCCGUGAUUUCCCAGAGGACCCAAGUCCUCCCGCUUCUUCUCUUUGGGUCUGCUCGGCGGGGCGUUUGAGGAAGGCGGCCUGGCUGCUUGGCGCUUUCUCUCCCCGCCUUCCCUGCAUGGUCCUCUUCAGAGAUCCAGUGGCCGGGCGCAUGGCCUGGGGAGGACAUGCUGGUGGCGCACAUGUGCCGUGGGCCCUUGAGGUUCAGCUGGGAGUUUCCCAAGGGCAAAGGAUCGUGGGAUACUUGAACUGCACCCACCUGCAUGCCCCAGAACAUGAUGCGCAGGUGCGGUGCGAGCAGCUGACCCUGGCUCUGCGUUGGACACAGCUGUUCCAGGACACGCAUACGCAGCCUGGAGACCUCGUGGCCUUCGACGUCUUCUGUGGGGAUCUCAACUUUGACAACUGCUCACCAGAUGACAAGGUGGAGCAAGACCAUGAGAUCUUCAACCUGUACACGGAUCCAUGCCGCAUUGGGCCAGGGCAGGACCAGCCAUGGGCUCUUGGCACCCUGCUGAACUACCUGGAGCUCUAUGACGAGGCUGUGGCAAUGCCAGAGACCAUGAGAAGGACUCUGGAGUGUGCGGAGGGGCGGGAAAAGUACCUGGCAGGCCCCAUCCUGGCAAAUGUGCGCCCUGGCCUCUCCCCAAGCAGGAGCGAGGGGCGCCGCAUUGACUACAUCCUUUACCGGGAGCACCAUGGCCCAGCACAGCUGAAAACGGUUGUGGAGAGCGUCUCCUACAUCACCCAGCUGGCCAGCUGCUCCGAUCACAUUCCUGUGGGGCUACGACUUUUGGUGUCGCCUGUGGCACAGCCCGGGGCGUGACACUUGCCUGCUGUCAAGCCAGGAAGACGGGGACGUCUGUGGGCAAGGAAGACCAAGAUGCCCCCCGCAGCCCUGCAGCGGAAGAGCCAGCACUUGAGACAGGAUGGCGGUUGGCCCUCGGCCUCUCUAAUGGACAGAGGUUGCCAACCUGGAAGGGGAAGAACAGCAGCUUCUGUAGCCACGGCAGCUGCCGGUGGGUCGUUUUAGGGGCAAGGGUGAAGGCGCAGACCCUCUUGCACUCAGAGCCCUCUCUGAAGGGCUCUUCAGGAAGGCUCUCUGCGGCUAGGACUGGUGGGGCAGCCCUGGUGGGCCAGCACAGGCUGCAUUCAGAGCGGCAAAAUCCAAGUUCUCGGUGGUCCAGACCUCUCCCUAUGAAGUGGGCCCUGUGAACUGAACCCAGGCGACUUCCCAUCUCAAGGUAGCCCAACCAGUCUUCUCUGGAGAAGGACUUGCUGGGAAGAGAAGGGAGCUGCAGACGCUGCGGUCCAGCCUCAGCCUAAAGACCCCUACCCACUGCCAACAUGUCGUUGGUGGAGGAGGGAUUGGCCCCCUCCCACCCACAUCAAUCAUUUUCUUAGUUUUUCCCCAUGCAGUUUGGCUUCUAUAAUGAUUAUUUAAGUGUUUUGUGCACAACAAAAAAUUGACUAGAAUUACUUUACAAAUUUAACAUACGGAACAAAAAAAGGAACACGUCAUUUGCAAACUUCAGGAACGUUCUUGUGUUUCCAAAAUACUUGUGAAAAUUGAGCCCCAAAUAAGUUACUCUCCAUGAGCCAAAGCAUUCCCACAAGGGCCUCUCAUUCCAUUGAGUGCGCUGCGCAUAGGCCUUGCCAAAACCAUCAGGAUUCCGGCACUCUUUACUGUGGCUGGCCUGUGGGCCUGUCACCACAUCCAAGUGACUUUCAGGCUCCAAGAGGCAAUACUUUGUAAAAACAUGUGCAAGAGCAGUGACUUUGCUACCAGCUAAAUCUACACGCUGAAUUGCCUCCCCACCCAUUCAGCCUCAAGCAGCACAUGUGGACGGGUGAGAACACAUCUGGCCCUGCCCCACCAGCUACGAGAGAGAAUGCGUGUGACGCGGGGGCCGCAGCUAUUCAGGAGUGGGGCACGUGGGCAGCUCAGCAUCAUUUUCCUGGGACAGAAGUUGACCAAGAGACCCACACACUGGGACACCAUAAUCCUAACCCUGGCCUUGUUCUUGCUGAGGGAAACACCGCCUGCCGUGUGGCUCCUGGCGAAUGGGUUGGCGCCACAGGGCCAGAGGCUCUCAGCGGGUGGGUUUAGGGCUCCGGGCACAGUGACCAGUCUGGGGCAGAGUGGCUGCCCGGGCAGGAGGUGGGAUGUGAUUUUGGAAGCCUUGUUUAUACAAUACAGCUUUGGGCUCUGAGUUUCA